AUGAGCUCCACAAAAAGUCUAGCGCCAGUCUUGGCCCUCGUUGGAUGCACGAAUUCCGGGAAAACCACGAUCGCAAGAUGCCUUGUCGAUACAAUUCAAAAGCUCGGCAAAAGUGCGGCAAUGAUCGAACAAGAUGAUGACUACUUGUUGGCUCAUCAAGUCGAAAAAGUUCCCCGCAAACACAAUCCCGACGAUUUCUACUAUCAUUACGAUCAAAUUUCGGCACUAAACGUGGGGGGACUCGAAAAACGACUACUAGAAGCUCGUCAGAAAGCAGAUUUUGUAAUAAUUGAAGGCAAUAUGAUCGCCGAGAUCAAAGAAAUCAUGCAACUCGUCGACAAAGUGAUCUUCUUUACCAUCGAUCAAAAAACAUGCCGACGUCGACGCGAGCAACGCACUUAUGAUCCACCAGAUGUUGAAGGGUAUUUUGAUCAGAUCGUUUGGCCAGCCUAUUUGGAGCAUGUGCGAAACGCGAUGAGCCAAGCGAGAUUAGAUGAUCGUUUCGUAUUUGUCGAUGUUAGCUCCGAAAACGAUAAAGCUACAGAAAAGGAGGUCUUUGAGGUUAUUGAAGCGAUCUCGCGUGAUUUCAUCAAAAUCACAAGCCAAACUCUUGAGCUAGAUGCUGCAAUGAAGCUGCUUCGACUACCAAAUUGCGGUGCCACCUCUAUUUUCAUCGGGACAACGAGAGACACAUUCGACGGCAAAGAAGUCCUUCAACUCAGCUACGAGAGCUACGAUGAAAUGGCAUAUCCGGAGCUCCGAAAGCUUUGCUCAUCAGUUCGGGCCACUUUUCCAACUGUGGAACGGCUAAUCGUCUGGCAUCGAGUGGGCGAAGUGCCCGUCACCGAAGCGUCAGUGAUAAUAGCUGCCGCAAGUCCACAUCGAAAAGAUGCGAUUCAAGCUGUCUCAAUGGCAAUCGACGAACUCAAAGCACGGAUACCAAUUUGGAAAAAGGAAAGCUAUGCUGAUGGAGAGCACUCGUGGAAAGAAAACGAGGAGUGGAAAGUGGGAAAACCAAAAGAGACAUCAUCUUCCCAGAUAGCUACUUAUACGAAACCCCAAGGAGAUGCAAAGUUCUUUUGGCUUCACGAGCUGAUUCAACAACUAGAACGAUUACGGAAAGAU